CUUCAAUUAAUAAUCUGGACCCACAGGCUUCCAAUUAACCUCUCCGUCUCUUCAAUUUCAAGAUCUCCAUCUCAUAAAACCCUAACUCAGCUUCAAUUGAUCUACCGAAAUUACUGAAUUUAGCGAUCGGGGACCUAUUUGCUGCGAUCAGUGGAAUUGAUCAGUUGAAGUAAUCGAGUGAUCCGGUUGAAUACCUUUUGAAGCUCUCUUCAAGACUUUAGCUUUUAUACAAAGCUUUGAUUCCGGUAGUAUGCUUCACGUACCUACGACGAUUGAGGAUCAGUUAAUUCUGAGAGCAAUCAAGGAAGAAUGUUCGUGGGAGGGUCUCCCUAAGCGUCUCCAGUCGACUCUAAACUCCAAGGAUGAAUGGCAUAGAAGGAUAACUGAACAUUGCAUUAAGAAAAGGCUCCAAUGGAACACAUCUUUUGUACGCAAAGUAUGCAGAGAAGCAGAAUAUUACGAGGAUAUGAUGCGGUAUCUUCGAAGGAAUUUAGCACUGUUUCCUUAUCACCUAGCGGAUUAUGUUUGUCGUGUAAUGAGGAUUUCUCCAUUCAGAUACUAUUGUGAUAUGAUAUUUGAAGUCAUGAAAAAUGAGCAACCUUACGAUAGCAUUCCAAAUUUUAGCGCAGCAGAUGCCCUUCGACUCACUGGUAUAGGAAGAAAUGAAUUCAUUGAUAUCAUGAACAAAUGUAGAUCCAAGAAAAUCAUGUGGAAGCUGAACAAGUCCAUUGCUAAGGAAUCAUUGCCCACAUAUCCUGUAGACUUUGCAAUUGAACCAUGGUGGGGAGUUUGUCUUGUCAACUUUACAUUGGAGGAAUUUAAGAAACUUUCAGAAGAAGAAUCAGCAACAAUCGACAAGAUAUGUAAAGAGGAAGCAAAUGCAUUCAUACUUUUUGAUCCUUCUGUCAUCAAGGGUCUUUACAGACGAGGGCUAAUUUACUUUGAUGUCCCUGUUUAUGCUGAUGAUCGCUUUAAAGUGUCUAGGCUAGAAGGGUUUGUUUCCAACAGAGAGCAGUCAUAUGAAGACCCCAUUGAGGAGUUACUGUAUGCGGUUUUUGUGGUAUCAAGUGAGAAUUCAACUGUUGCUGAGCUGGCAACAACAUUACAAGCCGAACUUUCUAAACUACAAGCUGCUGCUUCUUUUGCAUGUCGAUUAGGAUGGGCUGUAAAGUUAGUUGACACAGGAUCUAUUCUUCAAGAACAAAUUACAAGUGUCCUAAAUGAUGAAGAUGAUGCUUCUCUUGCUCCUGUGGGGUCCGCAAACAUAUCUACUGAUGCUGCUUUGUUUCAACAAGAUAAUUUAGGGACAGAAAAUCUUGGCCAAAAUUCCGGUUUUGCCCGUGUUGCAUUUGUAGUUGAUGCCAACAUAACAUCGUAUCUUAUGAUGGGGUCCGUUUCACCUGGAUUAAAAUCUCAUGCGGUAACACUAUACGAAGCAGGAAAACUCGGCCACACCAGUAUUGAAGAUCUUUGCAAAGAUCUAACCACAUUAGAAGGUGCAAAAUUUGAAGGAGAGCUUCAAGAAUUUGCAAACCAUGCAUUUAGCCUUAAAUGUGUUCUAGAAUGCUUAAAAUCUGGUGGACUCGCUCCUGAUGAACUCGAGAUUGAUAUUGAUUCUUCAACCAAUGAAGAACUUACAUCCAUGGUAUCCGAUAUUUCACUAAAAGAACACAAUAUUGAAAAUGGAAAUACUGAUAAUUUUGAAACUAGAAAAAAAGUGAGGAAAUACCGAGUUGAUAUUUUACGAUGUGAAAGCUUAGCUAAUCUUCCGGGACCCACACUCGAUCGAUUAUAUCAACGGGACUACGACAUUAUCGUCUCGAUGGUCCCACUUCCUGUUUCUUCGUUAUUACCGGGCCCGAAAGGCCCGAUCCAUUUCGGCCCACCUUCUCACUCCUCCAUGUCACCAUGGAUGAAUUUAGUUUUAUAUUCCACUAUCAAUAGUGGGCCCGUUUCGGUCGUUUUAAUGAAAGGACAAUGUCUAAGACUACUCCCGGCCCCACUAGCGGGUUGUGAAAAAGCCCUUUUAUGGUCAUGGGACGGGUCAACCGUUGCAGGGUUAGGAUCCAAAUUCGAAGGAAAUUUAGUCAAAGGUAACAUUCUUUUACAUUGUCUAAACUCACUCCUCAAACACACUGCAAUUUUAGUUCAACCCUUUAGUAAAUUUGACCUAAACGAAUCCGGGAAAUUAACCACACUCGACAUUCCACUCCCAUUAAAAAAUUCCGAUGGUUCAUUUGCGGAUAUCGGAUCGGAAUUAGGGCUUGCGGAUGACGAAAGUACGAAAUUGACCUUGUUGUUGUGUGAUUUGGAGAAGAGGUUGUCGUUAUGGACGGUGGGGUAUAUUCGUCUUUUGAAACUUUCUAAAGGAAACGCGAAUGUUUUUACCCCCGAGUGGGUCCCGUUGUGUGUCGAGUUUGGGGUCCCGUUGUUUAGUCCGAAGCUAUGCAAGUUUAUUUGUAAUCGGGUGGUGGUGUCUCAAUUGCUUCAGACGGAUUUGUUUAAAGAACAUCAUGAUGCAAUGAGGGAAUUGAGAGAAAAAUUGAAUUCCAUUUGUUUGGAGUAUGAAGCAACGGGUUCGAGUGCAAAGAUGCUUUAUAAUAAUCGGGAGGCUAAAAAAAGUCAACUCAUGUCGUAUGCAAGUCAAAGAUGGAAUCCGAUUACAGAACCUUCUUCUCCGAUUUCGGGAACGAGUGAUUAUCAGAGAAUAAAACUUGCUAAUCGACAAAGAUGUCACACAGAAAUCUUGAGCUUUGAUGGGCAUAUCUUAAGAUCAUAUGCAUUGGCUGAAGGAUAUGAAGAUGCUACGAAAAUGAAUGAAGAGAUAUCUCGAAUAAACAAUGUUAAAGGUGACCCAGAUGAUAAAGACAAUGGGGAAACUGUCUUGCCAGGUGUCAAUCUCCUAUUCGAUGGAUCUGAAUUGCGUCCUUUUGACAUUGGUGCUUGCCUUCAAGCCCGACAACCCGCAGCUUUGAUUGCCGAGGCUUCAGCACUGGCUAAAAACGAGAAGAUGCUUCCCAGUUUGUAUUAAGUGAAUGAAUAUCGAUAUUUUAUGUCUAGACUACAACUUUUAUUGCACAAGGUACAAGUCUAUACUUUUGUUUAUUAUUUACAAGUUGUGUUUACACAUAUAUAUGAACUGUGAUGAUGUUCCGGAAAUUGUGUUGUGCUUUUUGAACAUGGUGUAAGGAGAAGAUUAGUGUGCCUUUUUCACCUACAUUUGGUUAUUAAUUCGAUUCGUUUUUUCUUUUUACUUUUUGUAUAAGUUGAAUUGUGGU